UACAGAACCAAAUCUAGUUCCGAGAACAAGAAGAAGAAAAUGGGUGGGUUCUCUUGGCCUUCUCAAUCAGAGUUGAAUGAGGUGAGAGAAAUAGUUUCAAAGAUGGCUGGGAGAGGCACUGAAGAAGUCAGAGUUGUGGCAUCUCCUUAUAGAAUUUGCCCAUUAGGAGCUCAUAUUGAUCAUCAGGGUGGGACGGUUUCAGCCAUGACCAUUAAUAAGGGAAUACUUCUGGGAUUUGUUCCUUCCGGUGACAGUCAGGUUGUGUUACGCUCGGGUCAGUUUAAAGGAGAAGUAAGGUUCAGUGUUGACGAAGCUCAGGACUCUGGACACGCCAACGCGAUGAACAAUAAGAUUGAUGCAAAUGAUUCUUCCAAAAUACGCGAUGAAUGUAAUUGGGGAAAUUAUCCAAGAGGAGCCCUUUAUGCAUUGCAGAGAAAGGGAAACCACCUUUCCCAGGGUCUCAUAGGACACAUUUGCGGUUCUGAGGGUCUCGACUGCUCAGGCCUUAGUUCUUCUGCUGCCGUUGGAGUUGCUUGCCUGUUGGCUUUGGAAAAUGCAAACAAUUUAAUGGUGACUCCGGAGGAAAAUAUCGAGUAUGAUCGGUUAAUUGAAAAUGAGUAUUUGGGUCUGAAGAACGGCAUAUUGGAUCAAUCUGCCAUAUUACUUUCAAAGUAUGGCUGUCUUUUGUGCAUGAACUGCAAGACUAAAGAACAUAAACUCAUUAAGAAUGAGAACAUCGAGCCACAUACAGCAUACAAAAUACUACUGGCAUUUUCAGGAUUGAAGCAUGCUUUGACUAACAAUCCUGGAUAUAACCGUCGAGUUUCGGAAUGUCAAGAGGCCGCAAGAAUUCUUACGCAUGCUUCGGGAGUUGGAAAAGUGGAGCCCCUUCUCUCUGAUAUUGAACCCGAAGCCUAUCAAAGACACAAGAACAAAUUACAGCCCAAUAUUGCUAAACGGGCAGAGCAUUAUUUUUCGGAAAAUCUGCGUGUCAACAAAGGACUUGAAUUUUGGGCUUCUGGCAACUUAGAAGAUUUGGGAAGGCUUAUUACAGCCUCUGGCCUAAGUUCUAUUAAGAACUAUGAGUGUGGUUCGGAGCCGCUAAUUCAACUGUACGAAAUUCUUUUAAGGGCUCCAGGAGUAUUCGGAGCACGGUUCAGUGGUGCCGGCUUUAGAGGCUGCUGUCUUGCGCUCGUGGACUCUAAUCAUGCGGAUGAGGCCGCAUCGUUUGUCAGAAGAGAGUAUCGAAAGCUUCAACCCGAGUUGGCAAGUCAGUUGAACCAAGACUCAGCAGUUUUGAUAUGUGAAGCUGGUGACUGUGCUCGUGUAAUCUCAUGAUCUCAGCUGUCAAUAAACAGCUUGUUAAAUUUGGCUUUCUCAACCAAUCACAAUACCUUGUAAUAAUAUUUUUUUGUACUCCAUUCUUUUUUGUUGAUUCGAAAAGUGUCAAUCCAAUGAAACUUUGUUUUGAAAGGGAAAGCGUGGAUGUACAAAUAAUGAGUUUAAUAUGCCCCGUACAAUAACAUAAGAGAAUAUCAAU